CCAACCUUUUACCAGGGAUCUCCACGGGAUCGUUUUGGGGGAAGAUUCAGGACGGUGUGACCGAGAUUCCAGUGAGCAGCCUUGUUGACUCCCAGGUCCAUGGAUUGCACUUCUACACCGAGAGAAGGCUCCGAUGUGUUUCCCUGAGAGAGAGGAACCAGCCCAUUCUGCUGUUGGUGUCUGGCAGGGACUCCUUUGAUGGGCCAUUACAGACUAUGUGAUGUAGAGUAUUGACUGGUUUCUAUCCAGCUCUUGAAUUUGCAGAAGACCAAGAUGGAGCAGCCCACAGAUGGUGUGGUGCUGGAGGUGCAUGGCAUCACAGAUGACCUGCCCAUGGAUUUUGUGAGCCUUUACUUUGAGAGUAAACGGAGGUCCGGAGGAGGGACAAUCACCUCCAUCAGACGACAGGGCAACUACGCUGUGAUCACCUUUGAGAAGCCAGCAGAUGCUGAGAGUGUCCUGUCCAAGCCAGGUCACCGAUUGAAGAAUGUUGAGCUGGUUGUGAGGAGGGCCCCGCCCAGGGACCCGAAGAAGAUUAUGCUGAGUGGGCUGAACCCACAGAUACAGGACGAUGUGUUAAUCCUGUACCUGGAGUGGAUCGCUAACCGCAACAGUGAGCAGUUCACUGUCUGCUGGGAUCCAGACAGGAGUCAUGCCCUCGUUGACUUUCAGGAAGCUGUCUCUGUGGAAGAUCUUGAGACAAUGAAGGUGAAAGCCAAAAGCCGAAGUUUACAAGGUGCCACCUUAGACAUCAGACAGCUUCCACAAACUGACCGCAUCCUGGUAGAAAAUCUCAGUCCCACUGAUGACAAGGACAUUCUGAGUCUCUACUUUGAGAGCCGUCGCCGUAGCAACGGAGGGACCGUGCUGGAUGUUACCAUGCUCCCUGGAGGAAGAGCCAUUGUUCUGUUCCAGGAAUGGGAAGCUGUUGAUCGGGUUCUUCAGAAGAGUCAGAAGCUGCAGGAACAUGAGUUGCUCGUUCAGCCUUACUACGACUUCCUGCAGCCUUCCAGCUCGGAUCAGGAACCGGGUCAGAGUCAGGGUCAGGAAUGGGACCAGGGAAUGGCAGUAGAAACCAAAGCUGAGGAGAUGGCAGAAGUGACGAGCCUGGUCAACGUUGCCGACAAAGUGAAGCUGGAUAUCCUACGUUCCAGCAGCUUCCUGGGCGAACUGAGGGCCGAGUGUCCUGAACUUUCCGUCAGCGUCGUCGUCGACGACAACUCCAUCCGUGUUUGCGGAAUGGAUGCUGUUCGGGUUGAGAAGCUGAAGAGCCGGAUCCUGGAAUUCCUCAGCAACAUAGCUGAAGUGGACGUCCCAAUCAGUGAGGAGCAAGCACUGUUCCUGUCCAGGGCUGACAUUCGGGAUUACCUACGGCACAUGCUGCUCCAGAAGAGCUUGUCCACCUAUUAUUCCAUUUCGGGCAGCGUGAUGACGGUCAGUGCCUCGUCGCUCGCUGCCGCACGGGCGGUAUCCAUGGUGAUUGAGCAGCAGCUUUGCCGGUUCAGUGUACCGAUCUCAGACCGGCAGCUACAUGCUCUUACCUCCCCUGACUGGGGUAAGCUCCUAUCCUCGCUGAAAUGCUGUGAAGCUCGUGUAGCUGAUGUUGGUGACCAAGUCUCCUUCAUCUCCCUCGAAGGCUGCCGAGCAGAAAACCAGAAACGCGUGGAAGACUUCCUGGCGAAUGCUGUCCCUGACGACUUUGUGAUCGGGAUAGAGCCCAGCAAACUGCGAUUCCUACACGAAUAUUACCAAGACUUCCUGGCUGGGACGGGUCAGGUUUCCAUUCUACCCCUCGAAGGUGAUAUCACGGGGCUAAGGAUCACUGGGGUGGGCAGUGCCUGUGCAGCAGUGGAUGAGCUCCUCCGUAGCAUCGUUUCCAACAUCUGCUCCAGGACGGUGACCCUUCGGGAGCCCGGCAUAUCCCGUUUCUUGCAGGAGGAGCGCGGAGCGAGCAUUCUGAAGCAGCUGGAGAGAAAGUGCAAGUGUGUGAUCGGGUUGGAGAGAGUGUGUUGGAUAAUGCUGCAAUCUGAGGUAUGCAGCCUGCUGUUCUUGGGGCCAGUGUGGUCAGAGACGUAUUUAAGGAGGACGGUAUAUCUCUAGGUGCACCAGUCAGUUGCAGUUACAAAUGCAAAGACAUCCUGGAACGCUUGGUUUAAUUUGUUCGAACCAUGGAGAUUCUGAGGCAAUGAUAUGGCGAAAACCAUGAGCAAUGGAUUGGGACAGAAUAGAAUUGUUUAAUGUUUUUUGAGAAGAUUUGUAGUUCAGGUUGUGGAUGAGGUUGUAGACUUGCUCGCCGAGCUGUUGGGUUUGGUGCAAACGUUUUGUCACCCUGCUCGGUAACUGCCAGGACACUACUUAAAUAAACUACAACACACUGCAGCAACCCAGAACGUCACAGAGCAGAACAGG